GUUAGUUCUGUAAAGUUUUAAUUUUAUGAUUUGUAUAGGCUACAAAACUGCAUUAAAAAUAAUGGGAUUUACCUUACUCCAUAUGCAGGCUCCACUGGUAUGUAAUGGUACGUGUGUGAUUUCAGCAAGACAUUGGUUGAAUGUUGCACUAAGAGGGAGUACUUCAUGGGAGCUGCAAUAGAAAGUGAAGGGGAGAAGAGAAGCUUAAAAUAAGGCUGAUGGUUGGGACAUUGGGCAUAUAGCACAGCUUCUCUCACGAGAUCCAAAAGCACUUUUAAAAACAUCAAACUUGCGCGGACUCCACACAGAAUUUUUUUAAAGGGACAAAGUCAACUUAAAAAUCGCACCUUGGUCAGAAAACUUCUACCUAAUGCUUUUACAAUAGCUGAAAAAAAUUCUAACUCAUUUAUAUAUUUGACAGCCCUUUGUGUAUAUUCAGUUUUACUGGUUUGCCUGCAUAAUCUGUAAGUUUUUUGCUUUUUGAAUGGAAUUUUCAUACUGCAGCAAGGAGGAAAAAAUAUUAAAACAAACAAAAAAAAACAACAACAAUGUGAUUGUAAAGCACCCAGAAUGGCAAGAGGACACUUUGGCAGCCAAUGAGACAAAAGGAAUUGUCCAGUGAUAUAUUACAGUUCUGGAGACCUACUCUUUCCUCCUUCACUUUCUACAAAAGAUGUCACAUGUCACUAGAAAUGGUAAAAACAGUCUCUGGUCUAAUCUUGCUGUUUUAUCUGGUAUUCUAUGGUUUCCUAGCAGCACUCUUUACGUUCACAAUGUGGGUUAUGCUUCAGACCCUGAGCGGAGAUAUUCCCAAAUAUCGUGACCGGAUUUCUAGUCCAGGACUUAUGAUUUCACCAAAGCCAGACACUGCAUUGGAAUUUUAUUUUAACAAGUCUGACUCCAAGUCAUAUGCAGAAUAUGUUUCUACCCUUAAACAAUUUCUAAAGUCUUAUGAUGAUUCAAAACAAUCCAAAAACAUAGCAUGUACCGCAGGAAAACUGUUUGAGCAGAAUGAAGAUCGUGCUGUUAAGCAGGCAUGUCAGUUUAAUCGCACUAAGCUUGGAUCAUGUUCUGGAGUGGAAGAUGACACUUUUGGCUAUGCUAAAGGAACUCCAUGUGUGCUUGUGAAAAUGAAUAGAAUAAUUGGAUUAAAGCCUGAAGGAGAACCACAUAUACAAUGUUCACCUAGGGAAGAAGGCAAGGUUCAGAUAACUUAUUUUCCUGAUGGGGGAAUGAUUGAUUUAAUGUAUUUUCCAUAUUAUGGAAAAAAAUUACACGCUGACUAUCUACAGCCGCUAGUGGCUGUUCAACUAGCAAUUAACUCCAGCAGUACCAAAGAAGAUGUAACGAUUGAGUGUAAGAUUAUGGGAUCUCCCAAUUUAAGAAAUGAAGAUGACCGUGACAAGUUUCUUGGACGAAUUUCCUUCAAAAUUCAGAUGUCUGAAUAGCAUGAGUCAAUCUCCACAAAGCAAACAUUGUGUUGUCUGUUUUUUUAUUUUAUAUCAGCUGGACGUGUCAUUCCAGGAUAUAAGACCACCUGGGAUAAUGUGGCACAUGGCAUUCAGGGUAGCAUAAUAGUGUGCUUCCAAAUCACAUUUAAAAUCCCUCAAAAUAACUGCCUGUCAAGCUUCUGUCUGCCCCACUGGACCAGUGUACAGACCAUAGUUAUGUGAUAUUAGGGACCUGUAAAUAGUUGAUUCCAAACAUGUAAUAAUAGUGGUCUUUGUCUGUUCUAAAAUGUGGUUUUAUCCCCAAGUGACUGUCUCAAACAUAAUGUGCUGUGCUAUGUAAAUACUGUAUUGAUUUAACACUGGUUUGACUGUCAUAUCUCAGCACUGAUACAGUUUUAGGGAUCAAAUGAUAAGAAUAAAUGGUACCUGACCAACAUAGUUAUUUAAAAAAAAAAACAAAAAAAACUCUGCAAGAAUUGCGUGUGUGGAGAAGCCUUAAGUCCUGUACUGGGUUGGGGGGACUAAAUAAAAUGGAUUUUAAAAGUGUU